AUGGGAAUGGAAGUAUCAGAUAUCUGUCAGAUGCUGGACGAGCAGCCUAACAGAGCACUCGUUGAUAAUCUUUCAAACCGGUCAGACUAUAUUCCAGUACUGGAAAAACAGUUUGAGGGUAUCUCAUACGUUCGAGAUAUGGUGCUUAUAUGGGCCUAUGAAACAGAGCAGACACCCAGUCUCCUGGUAAGAGAACUCCUUCCCAUUAUGUCAUCUCAAUUUCCCUAGUUUGCAUCCUGUCUCUGAGACUGACAAAAGUUCAGCAUUCUGAUGGGAAUUGGGGCAGAUCAGGCCCAGGAAGCGUCAUGGUCUCACCAGAGUCAGCCACGGGAGGACGGUACCCUUUCCACAUCAAGAACGCUCUUCACAUUAACCACGACCACUCGAGCAUGGUGAAAUUCAAAUCGAGCGACCGUGAAAUAUCGAUCUUGGCUUUAAAAAUCAAGGAAAUUAUCCAAAAUGGUGGAUCAAAUGAGAAGAGGAAGAACGGCACAUCACAACAACCGCAUAACCGGCUUGCUCAUAGAUCAAUUAUAGAUCUGGAAGCAGUAGUCACAAAGGGCCUAACAUAUGAUGAGGUUCAAUUUAGUAAGGGUACAUCUGCACAAAGGGGGGUUUAAAAAUUGGGGUUAUACUUGCUAACGAUGCAGCAGUUCUAAUCAAAUCUUUUGCGGCACCCAAAAGGAACGAGAGGCUAGAGGAGAUCGACAAAAACGUGGAUCAUACCUUCAAUUGGGUUUUUGACCACCCGUCCAUUGGGUUGUCGUCAUGGCUAUUGAAGGGAGAAGGGAUGUUCUGGAUAAGCGGGAAGCCCGGUUCCGGUAAAUCUACCAUGUUGAAGUUCCUCUGGAGCGAUGACAGGGUCGCGCGGUUGCUCAACUCAUGGGAAGCGAGCGAGAACAAGGUGAUUGCGAACUUCUUUUUCCAUUAUCGAGGUACUCUUGCCCAGAAAUCAUUCGAAGGUCUCCUUAGGAGUAUCCUAAGUCAAAUAUUGGAGGCAGAGCCGAAGUCUUGCAUUUUCCUCAGAGAAAUUGUAGAAGCCACUUUCCCAAAAUUGGUGACACCCUGGAAGCCGCGCGAAGAGGGGAAGGAGGUGUCCAACUCGCAGGAUCCGGAAUGCGACGUGGAAAUUUUUCAAAUACCUGCGGACGCUUGGAAUCAGAGAUUGCUCCAGGACUGUUUGAAGGCUAUUAUGCUGCAGAACGAAAUGGACAUCGAUAUCUUCUUCCUCUUCGAUGCCCUUGAUGAAUAUGAUGGACCGCCAGAGUUUAUCGCACACUUUCUGAAGCAGUUGGUCAACACAACGUCCCGCACACGCGUCAAGAUUCUCUUCUCCAGCAGACCAUGGACAAUCUUUCAGGAUGAAUUCAAGUCGUGCCCUGGCUUUGAGAUUCACAAAUUUACAAAUAAGGACAUACGCCAGUACAUACUCAACUUCAUAACCGCGCAGACACGUGGAGAGGAAGCUCUUCUAGAUCUCGCAGAGGACAUUGUCCUCCGGUCGCAGGGGGUCUUCCUUUGGGUCAAGCUGGUUUUACAAGAGUUAGCUCUCACGGUGGCUACAUCUAUUUCUAACAGUAUUGACAGCCAAAUACUGGGUCCCAAGUUACGUGAGAAGUUAGAAAAGCUUCCUGAUGAACUUGACAAAUUCUACGAUGCCAUCAUUGAACGACUCAAUGACCUAUAUCGAUGGGAAAUAUACGUACUUUUGGAGUCCUUGGUUCGUUCCCGUGUUAAAAUCAUCACGAUGGAUGCUCUUGAGAUAUUGGCUCUAUCGGAUGCGAAAAACGCCGAAGAAGCAACGAGAAUAUUCGAAAAGAAUGUACGGGAGGAUGCUUCCGUGGAGAAAUUGCCGAUUCAGGAUAUCAAAAUAAUUUCUGGUGGGCUGAUCGAACUCACAGAUGAUGGAAAAUCCUGUUACCUCCAGCUUAUGCAUCAGACGGUUUAUGAAUUUGUUGAACGACCACAGUUUCGGCAUUCAUUACUCGGGCUUCGUGGGAAGAUAACCAUUCAGAACGGCCAUUCUUUCCUAUCUACCUGGUAUUUCUAUCGAAGUAUAGCCCACAAUCACGAAAUUGCGAGCAAGACGACGAGUGGCAACAUCACAUUUACUGGAAGCGACAGGAUAGAGCUCGUUUUUCAUGCCAAGGAAGCAGAAAGAACAACCGGAGUAAGCCAGCAUAGUAUCUUUACUAGUGGUGUGGUUAUAGAGGCGUGGCCCUUGCUCAUGUUUGCAGUUGCCGUUGGACUUCGCCUACUGGUGAAAGACAUUCUAAGUGAGAAUGCAGACGCAAUUGCCCAGUGUGACAGCGGUCUUCUCCCUGCAAUACUUUAUUCCCUACAAAAAGGAUUUUGUAAGCCGAUAGAAGCAAUCCAAAUGACUUCCGUCAUUGUGAAGAACGGCUAUAGGACUCGAGAAGACUGGGACGGGAUUCUAAGCCUCUUUCACCAGAUCUGGGAGAAGGGUGGCGGAGGACUCGAGAAGCUUUCCCCUCCAAGUGGGUAUAGGAUAAACAGCUUCGAACCUCAAGAUCGUGAACCCGAUCCGAUAGAUUGCGCAACUUGUAUCGCCCUUGUCUCAGAAGCUCUCAAAGGACUUGGGGACGAUAAUAGUCUGGGACGUGUGGGAAACAAUCCCCCAAGCGGCAAAAGCCCGCUCCUCCAUAGAAGCCCGCCGGAACUAACGAGCAAACUAUUACUGUCGGGAGCCGACCCUAACAUCAUUGACCCAACAGGAUACACGGCCCUUGACGCAUUCCUGGAAAGCAUAUCUAUUACUGGCCGGGGGCGGGGGUAUAGGACGGACGACGCGACAUACGACGCUUUCAAAUCAUUCAUCACACAUGGUGCAAUUCUUAAUAUGCAGCAGCAGGAGUUGCCAUAUGAUUCAUUGGUUGAAGAUUUCAAAAGCCUAUCGUACCCAAUUGAUUUUGUAAAGGAUCAUGGUUUUCCAAAAUGGUCAAACGAGACUCGGGAAGUAGCGUCGUUGCAGGAACAAUCAUCACCUCAGCAGGGUAUACGAAAGCAUACUCAUUCCGCGAGUAUACAAGUCAGGAGGGCAGUUAGAAAGCUCAAAAAUCUCAUGAAAUAA